AUGAAUGAAUAUCAAUCAUAUACAUCUGAUAAUCGUAAAUCAAAAUAAACUAUAAAUACUAUGGAAGAACUUAGUAAAAAUCAAUCAUUCAGAAUUCUCAAACUGUAAACAUCUGGACUUGGUAAGAUGAAUAAUAGCAGUAAAAGAAACCCAUAAAACUUUGAUGUUUCUUAGGUGUCUACAUCUAUGCCAUUAAGGUAAUUGAUUCCUUAUUAUUCCAUUAAGUUAGAAGAAUAUGUUAUCAUUUUUGGCUCAUGAUGAGUUAAAGCGUCCAAAUUCUUAUGAAUAGUUAUAUUAAGAUUUGUAACAAUCAAAAUAAUAAGUAAAUAAUCUUAAGGACGAAAACACAAGACUAAGAACUAAAGUAUAGCAUAAUGAAGUAUGUUUGAUUGCAUAUUACUUAGAGAGAAUUCUUAAAGUAUGAAAACUUAAUAGAAGAUUUAACUAAUCAAAAGAAAUCGAAUAAUUAAGAUCUUCAGAUAAUUUCACUACGUAAAUAAGUUAAGGAUAAAAGUUAAGAAUUGGAAGAUAAAAUGAAAGAGUUAGAAAUAUUAAAGAGAAAUAGUAAAGUUUGCAAAUUAUAAGAAUUAGAAGUAAUAAUAUUCAAUUUAUUAUAGAUUGAAAAAAAAGUAUAUUUUGAAUAAACUUUAAUGAUGAAACAUAUGUUAUAAAUGGCCUAAGAUCAAAUUUAAUAUUAAUAAAGCAAAUUAGAAUAAGUUUAAUAAUUAGAAUCCCAAUUAGAUAUUUGUCAUGAAUAAAUGUUUAAAUUAUAAUAAUAGAACAAUGAAUAAUUUGAAUGUAUUAAUAAAAAAGAAUAAAUCAUAAAAGAAAUGAAAAUUCAAUUAAAAAAUUAAUAGACAAAAUAAUAACUAAUAGUUUAAAAAUCACAAUAAAUUUAAUAAAAGUAUGAUAAUUUACAAUUGUUAUAUUAAUCUAUUAAAGGGGUAAACAACAAUAUCUUACCUAAAGAUUCUGCUUAAAAGUUUCCAAAAGAUCUUGUUAUAUUGAAAUUACAUUAGAGAAGAGUUACAAUGAAUUAAUAUAAUAAAGCAAUUGAGGUAUUAAAAUAAGCUAAAAACAAACAAGAGUUUAAUUAAUUGUUGUAAAUGUAACAAUAUCAAAUUUAUAUUAAUUUUAGAGAUCCAUUUUAUUUAAGUGAAACUGAAUCUUAAUAAGUGGUAGAUAAACUAACAGGAACAUAGUCAUUAUCUUAACAAUUCAUCACUUAAUUAAGUUAUCAUUCCUUAGAAGGUUUGGAUGAAUAGUAGGCACAAUAAUUAAUCAAUAAGGUAUUCCAAUAAGUAGCGUAUAGUCUCUUUAAUCUAAAAAAGAUCGUGUACGAUAGUAUUGGAUUCAAUACAAAUACAAAAAAGUUGGAAGAGACGAUAUUAUCAAAUUUAUAUAGGCCAUGAAUUUUAAUUGGGAUUAAUAGACAACAUCAUAUUUUUUAUUAGAAGUAUAUCAAUUAUUUAAUAUAAGAUAUUUUAAAAUACUAUGUCAAAUAAUAAUGCUACAAAUAAUAGUGAAUAGAAUUCUUAAAGUAUGAGAGUAUCAAUAGACUUUAUAACUAAUCCUUUUUAAAGAUAAUCACAUCAUAAAAGUUCAAAUGAAGUCUAAUAAUAGGAUAGCUUUAUUAGAGAUCUAAAUGAGUAAUAGAGUAAUUAAUAGGUAAUUGAGAAUUUUAAUCCAAAUGAUGAAGUCUUAAUUAAUUAAUUUUUCCCUGCUGAUGAAGAAGAUAAAUAAUUUGAAAUUAUAAGUACCAAUCCUCAAGAUAAAUUGACUUCAAAAUACCAAUAAGACAAUGAGAUUUAAGAAGUUAAUGAAGAGGAUAUGUUAAGCUCUAAACCAUAAGAUGAAGAUAAUGCUAAUGAUAUUGCCUAUUUAGAAAGUAACCAAUAAGAAGAAUUAGUUUAAGAAGUUAAAAGCCUUGA